AUGGAAACGUCCACACAAUGGACUAUCAGCGUCCGUUUUUCACUUUUAUUCACCGGAAUGAAAGAAUGGCCAUAGAUUCUAUCGUUAAGCUUCUUAAACGGACUAAAAUGAAAUUAUAGUUUGUCUGGCACCUGAAGUGGAGAUGAAGCCUCAUACUAGCGUCGUCAGACCUAAACUGAUGUCACUGCCAACUGAAGCUCAUCUGAUGAUAAUACAGGACAUUACAGACACACGACACACUCUUCCUUCAAACUCCAUCUCCAGCCCUCCAGAGUCUGCCGAGGCCAGACUGAAGGUUUUCUCAGAGACACAGAAAUGCCCAUGCAGUCCGAGCGAUUCCAGGGAUCUAAAGCCUCACAGUGUCAGCUUAAGUACUAAAGGGCCACUGCUUCCAUUUCUAGCCAAAAACCGCUCAAACGUAACCUCACAAAACAAUGUGUAUGACUGUGAUGUUUCUGGCCGGCAUUUCUUAUUUGAUAAACGAUGGAGAAAUGGAACUUACAUCACUAAUGGCAUUGAAGAUGAUGUUCUGAUAAACCACAACCCAAUGAAUCCACUCUCUCAGGAGUUCCAUGUUUACCGCUCUCACAAUCUAACCAGAUUUGCCCACCGCAAAGAACUCUGCCCACGCGACCCAAGACCACUUAUUUGCGGGUCUGAUUAUCUGGCUUCAUUUCCAUCAGUUCUGUUACCAGUCACCACUCCAUCUGUCAAUGGACCACUCUGUUUAUCACAAAACAGAUUAAGGAUGAAAAAUAGAGCACGCAAUCUCUUCUCUGAUGGUGCUAACAAGAAAACCUGUGGGCCGGUAAUUGUUUUUCAGCCCAGUCGUACCCUGAUCCACACCUGGGUGCCUCGGCCUCUUUUGUUCAGAGGCUCACAGAGAUUUCCUCUCUGGAAGCAGAAACAGUGCGGCAGGAGAGAAUGAAGAGACUCAAAAAGAUCAAUAGGCAGGACUCCUAAUCGAAGUUCAUUAGCCAAAGAGGAAGCACUUGACUCACAGCUGUGCCAAGAUGGAGCAAAUAAAACCAAGGAGAAAAACUUGAGUGGUACAGAGUGUUGUUGCACAGCCACUGUACUGUAACCGAAAUGAAAUGAAAACGACGACGGUAGCAACCAUUUACAUUUCUGAUUUAAAACUAUCAGGGAUUGUUGAAUUUAAAAUCAAAUUUACAUGAAAGUGUAACAUGUAUUCGCCAAGAAUAACUGCCUUAACAUUGCCUUAAACUUACAGUGAUAAUGGAAUUAAAGCACUUAAAAAAUGUUUUCUAAAUCAUGUUUGCAUAGAUGAAAAAACGUAAUGCUUUGUGUACUGCCUUGAGUACUUAAUAUGAUCAU